GUCGGAACACACAAAGGUUCGACGGUAGCGAUGGACGACUUCCACUUCGCCACUGGCCAUCCGUUUGGACGAUGCCGACCGCCAAGGAAGCCGAUGGGUUGCCGCUGCUUCAGUUCCGCUCGGCCAAGGUGAUCCACGAGCCCCAAGGCACGUUCUGGACCUCUGUGUUUGCGCUGGUCGGCACCAUGCUGGGGGCAGGCACGUUGUCGUUGCCGAGUACGAUGGCCCAGGCGAACGUCGUUCCCGACGUGUUGCUGUUCUUGUUCAUGGCGGCGUUUAACUUUGUCGCGCUGCAUGCAUGCUCGUCCGUUGCCGAGUACACGGGAAAGGGGUCGUUCGAGUCGAUGGGCAUCGCGUUGUUCGGCCCUUGGCGCCAGUGGUUUGUCCGUGUAUUGACGCUGGUGCUGCUUUUCGGGAUCCAAGCCGUGUUCUUUGUCGUGAGUCUUGACAUGCUGCACCCCCUCGUUGCGUCGUACGUGAGCCGCUUUGUCCUGGGCGCUGUGCUGACUGCGUUGACGAUCCCGCUCUGCCUGCUGGAGACCGUGUACGCAUUGCGGUACACGAACGCGAUCAUCAUUGCGAGCAUGCUGUAUAUCUUCGCCGUGGUCGGCGUGCGUGCUGCGAUGGUCGGGACGUGGCCGACCACUGUCACCGACGUCACGUCGACGUCGGCGAAGGGGCUCAUGUACGCGCUGCCAAUCCAAGCGCUGAGCUUUGGGUGCCAGAUUAACUCGGUCCGCAUUUACAGCGAGCUCAAGGAUAAGAGCCAAAUGACCGGAAUCAACGCGUGGAGCAUGGUCUUUGGCUUCAUUCUGUACGUGUUCUUCACGUUCGCAGGGUUUGUUUGCUUCCAAGGGUUCCCUCCCGCGGACAUCCUCACUGGCUUCUCCACGGACGACUGGCUCGUCAACUCGAUCCGCAUCGUUCUUGGUCCUUGCGUCCUACUCAAAAUCCCACUCAUUUUCCAGCCCUACAUGCAGGCAUUGGAAGGGCUUAUGUUUGCUACGAGUGCCCCAACAUCGGCGUCGAUCUCGCUGGACCCUCCCCGUGAGAACAAACUGCGCGUCGCGAUGACGGUGGUGUCGUUGGUUGGAUCGUUUAUCAUGGCGAUUGCGUUUAAAGACUUGAGUGUGAUCAUGGGGUUCGUCGGCGGCAUCGGCGAUCUCUCCAUUAACUUCGCAGUGCCCGGGCUCUUCAUGAUGGAAAUGGGGGCCCGCACGUGCAACAAGUGGACGAAAUGGGUCGGCAUUGUCUUGUUUACGUCCGGCAUCGCGAUGGCCAUUUUGAGUUUAAUUGGUCUGCUGGCCUAAAGCAGCGGCCGUCUCCAUGCACCGAAGACCCUGUCGCGCUAAAGACAAUGCUGCUGAACCACGCGAACUGUUCACUUUGAUCACACUAGUCGGGCGAAUGCUCCGUUCUUUACGUAAAAUGUCCAUGCGGUCCAUCGAAACUGGUGCCAUGCGCAUCAAGUAUGACGUUCGUUUGGGAAUGGCAGCGUCGGUGCGGAUGGACUGCCAUUUAAAACCUGCCACUGAGCACCGAAUCUACUAGGACAGAACUCGUGAUAGUAAUCGGUAUGCCGG